AUGCCCCGCUCCCUGGGCCGCGUCUCGUCCUUGCUGUGGUCGGUGCUUCUCGCCCCUCGGCAGGGAAACCGACCCAGCCGCAGCAACUGGCAAAACAACUCUCAGCGUGCGGCUCUUUCCCGAGUGCGGCCCAGCCCGGCCGGCGCCUCUGUCCCGGCGGCGGAAACUAACUCGCACAACACACCAAACAAAAGUUCGGAGUUACGCCCGCCCGAAUCACUCUCCGCCGCCGGCUCCGCCCCUCCUGAGCCCGCCCGCACCGUAUCCGACCGAGGCAGCCCGGCACGGGCUCAGCCCUCCUAUGCGCGCCCGCCCGCACCGCCUCCCGCCAGGGGGCCGUCCGGCGCUGCCCGCCCCCUCAACCCCCGAACCGCGGGCACGCCAAAGCCGCCUUACGCACGCGCUCGUCCGUCUCCCCAGCACCCCUCUUUGAGGCCCGCCCGCCCUCCGCCGCCACGGAGUGGUGCCGCCAACCAGAACUUUUAUUUUCCUUUCCCGAACUUCUAUCCCAACUUCCAGGAUCCCGCCCCGCGCCAGCCCGCGACCCGCCGCUGCGCACGGGCUGCUCCCGACCGCGCGUCCGGACCGCAGCGGGAGGGUGGGCUUCGAGCCGGGAUCCCCGCUCUGGGGCUUCCUCCGCAGCGAGAGCGGCCGCUGGGGCCGGCCUUUAGCACACCCAAGGGAGGCCAGACCCUGCCUGGCAGCCCUCCGUCCCCGCCUCACCUGGCGGCGGCGGCGGGGUGCGUCACAGGGCUUCUGCCGCUGCUACUGCGCGGGAUGGAGCGUGGGCUGGGGGCUAGGGACGGCAGGCAGGGAAAGAGGGAUGGAGGGAUGGAUGGAUAG